AUGCCUGACAAGGAGAAGGGCAACGCAGCGUUCGCGGCCGGGGAGUUUGACGAAGCCAUAACUUAUUACACGGCAGCUCUGGAAAGCACGCCGUCAGAUCAUGUACUAUGGUGCAACCGUAGCAUGGCUUGGGCUCGGCUUGAGGACUGGCCAUCAUCCGCGGCAGACGCUCGAAAGUGCGUGUCCCUUCCUUCCGGCAGGCAGUUCGUCAAGGGAUGGUGGCGAUUGGCGAGAGCGCAGCAGGCCAUGGGCAUGCCAGUAAAGGCGACGGAAAGCUGCUUGCUUGGGCUGCAGAAGAACCCCGACAACAGGGACCUGCGCACGCUUCAGGCUUCGCUUCAGCCCGAGUAUACCCGCGCUGUCGAGUCAGACUCACUGCAUGCGAUCCUGCAAGCCGGCAACGGCAAAGGACCUGUCACUCGCGCGGCCAAGCAGCUGCACGAUGGAGACGAUAUCAGCGAGAUUGAGCUUAGCGAGUUUGUCAAGUUUUGCAUGCCAAGCGCUCGAGAACUUAGCCCUUGA